AUGUUACAAGUGAUAGAAAUGAUUAAUGCAAAUACCAUUGCGGCUAUUCUUUCUGGAACAACUGAUAAAGUUACAAUUGGAUUAUAUGGUUAUUGUGUAUAUUCUUCUUACUCUAGCGUUCAGUGUGAAAGUACUGGUUUUCAUACCAAUAGUUAUAUUGAAUCAAAUAAAGAUACAAAAUUUUUGUUAUCUAUGCAUACUAUUGGUUUAAUAACAUCAUUAGUGAUGACUGUUAUUGGUUGUUGUGGUUUUUGUAGUCAUAAUCCAACCAAGAUUUCUAGAAGACAAAUUGAACUUUAUUCAAGGAUCAAAAAAUUACCAAUAGUCGAUACUAUUUAUGGUGAUCUAUCAAAUACCACUACAACCCUUCACCCUAGUGGAUUCUUUCUCGUCUUUAUACCUUUCAUAUGCACAUUAUUAUCAAGUUUGGCAUUUUACAAAGGACAAUAA